UAUUGAAAACAUCAUUUAAUAACGAUUUUAAUGGCUGUAACGCGUUUAAUCCCAAAGCUUCAGGAGGGAUUGGCACAGAUCGCGUGUCUAUUAUUUUAAAUUAUUAUUUUUCCGGUCACGUGGCCAAAUGUCUCUGAUGCUUUUGGGUGGUGAUGGUCAUUUCAAGACGUUCUCGGUUGUUAUGCUUGUACUCGCACACAGAUAUCACGCUUUAGUGUUAUUGGUAAUUCUUUAAUUGUUAUGAAGUUUGCAAAGAAAGUACUUGUUCAGGCACGAGUCCACACGGAUAGUCAGAUGUACACGCGACUUAUUGAUUUGUCAAACACAAUACGACUCGUAUCGAACACAUUUGCCUGCCAUCAGCUGAAUCGCGUUAUAUAAAAGCAUGAAGGUGGUUUUGUGAAGCAUAUUAAUUUUCAUUUGUACGGUUGGCCACGGACACGUGCUCUUUCUUGCACCGCUUGCGACUUCCUGCCUCGCGAAUGUUUGGGCAGGACAGUCAGGUGUAACGUUAUGUCCUUCACAAUCACAACACAGCAUGUUAUAGAUUUCAUUUGCGCUUUUAUGAGCAAACAGGUUACGCUAAAACAACGCUACACGCCGAAGCACAUCAAUGAAUACCUUUUACCAUGUUCAUAAAAGAGGCCUCUGAGAUGGAGGCUACUAACAGCGAAGAUCAGGGAAGCCGGACUAGUGACAAAUGCUGCCAGACUGAGACACUUCAGGCCUGCUGUUGCCAAACAACAGAAACCCCUCAAGAGCCUUGUGGCAAAAAUCCAGUCCAUUCGAUUGAGCCCGGUGAUCCACCCCUGCUUCAGCAGCAGCUCCAGACCUCCAAGUCGGGAAUUCAUCAAAUCAUUGAGUGUUUUCGCUCAGGUACAGCUCAACUCAAACACAUGCUGCUGAAGGAGGUUGACACCAUAUUUGAGUGCAAAAUCUGUCGAAGUCUGUUCCGUGGUCUACCAAAUCUGGUCACUCACAAGGAGCUCUACUGCUUUUCCCGACAACCUCAGUCAGAUGAGCCUUCCCAAGGUGGGCAGAGCCAAGUUAUCAAAGAACUUCUUCAAGCCAUCUAUCCACAGAAAGACCAAGAAAAACAUGUCAUUCAGCUAGAGGCCAUUGAGACGAACCCUAAUGCAGUGUUCCAACAAGUGGCACAAGUGGAAGUUCCCGACAUGCCAGAAAACCCAGCCCCUACACCCCAGACUAUGAUACCGGUACCUGAGAAGAAAAAUCGCCGCAAAUCUAUUUUGGCACCCAAAAAGGUCCAACAGUCAGAUUUUGAAGACGAGAUGGAAACUGAACCUGAAGAACCUGCUGUUAAAGAAGGUCAGAGCUGCGAAGAGCAAAUAAAGAUUGAGCCGGUAGAAGGGGAGGAAGAAGAAGAGGAGAGUGCCGCCUCUGAGGUUAAGGAGAUGAGGAUCUCUUGCUGCCUCUGCGGAAAAGACUUUAGCUCCAGACGCAGCGUACGACGCCACUGCCGGAAGAUGCAUUGGCAGAGGAUGGAGGAGUUACGCAAAUUUACAGAGACGCGCACAGUGCCUACCAGCCUGCUGUCUAUGGUGAAGGACAAGCAUCCUGUUGAACCACCACCUUCUCCUGGGAAGAGUUGCCCAGUGUGCAAAAAGUCCUUUGCCACCAAGGCCAACGUUCGUCGCCACUUUGAUGAGGUCCAUCGUGGUUUGAAGCGGGAUUUGAUCACGCCGGACAUUGCCACAAGACCAGGCCAGCCUCUUUUACUUGACGCUCGUCCUCCUUCUCCAGCGAAAGCACCAAGCUCUCCUCUGAAGCAAGAGAAGACACAGUACAAUCUGACAAAUUGUCGCUGCAAGCUGUGCAAACGCAAGUACAGCUCCCAAAUAAUGCUUAGGCGGCACAUGCGAAUCGUUCAUAAGAUGCCCAUUCUAGAAAACAGCUCUCAGAAGGCCAAAUCAAAGCACGCGAGAAGAGAUAAGGGUUACCUAAAGAAAGAGUCUCUCUCGAAAGCUUCAGAAGAUGAUGGAAACCACAGUGUGAGUUUUGACUUUAAGAGGAUCUACUGCUGGUUGUGUAAACGUCAGUUCAGUACCAGUCAGAACCUGGGCAAGCACAUUGCCGAGCUGCACACCGAUGGAAACGACAGCAUCUACAUCAAGUUUUACCGAUGCCCCAUCUGCAGAUACGAGUCACGCCGAAAGCGCGACGUCAUCCGUCAUAUCACAGUGGUGCACAAGAAGUCAUCACGCUAUCUGGCUAAGGUUAUGCCUGCCUUGGAGAACCACGCAGUGAAGAAACCAGCUGAUGCAGUCUUGAGCAGCCCAAUCAAGAAAACUAUUUCAAAAGAAGAGGGUAGCGAGCAUAAAACGCAAGACCCACCAGCUUCUCCUAAAAGUUGUCAACAAGAUCCUCUUGUAUCUUCCAAAGCGAAGAAACAAGAAUCCCCAACAUCUCCAAACACUCGAAAGCAUUCCGCUCUAACGUCACUCAACACAGGCAAACUCGAGUCUCCGCUUACACCAAAUAGACAAGACAAGAACCUUCAAGUGUCCAAGAACCCACAUGUCACUCGCAGUCAUAAUGUUAUCAAGGGGUCACCCAUCACCAGAAGCCAGGAGACCUGCACAGAGGUUAGGGUAACAAAAAACUUUUCCCUUCACGCCUGCGAUAUGUGUGGCCGGGCAUUUGCCAAAAAGGUCUACCUGGAGACACACAGGCGGAGACACAGGACUGCCAUCGCAAGUGGGGACAAAUUACAAGGAAGAAGCACUCGAUCAAAGGCCCUCAUUUGACUGUUUUUACUCUGAAUACGUAGCACAUUUGCACUGGAUUCCAUGGAUGGGUUUAUCUCCAUGCGAAAGAAGAAGAAGAAAUAUGGACAGACUUGUGGGUAGAAAACAGAGGAUAACCUUUGCAUAAAGGGGUUGAAUGAGUUAAAAAAAAAAACCGAAGUGCACCAAAAAUGUCAUUCCAGCUUUUUACACUGGAGGGCGCUGAUGUAAAAGAAUUGGUAUCCACCCUCCAAAAGGAGAUUGAGCUUCAAUUGAUUUCGACUGAUUGACAAAGUAAAACAACUCUCAAAAUGAAUUUUGAUUAAUUUGUUAACGGAUUAUACCACUAUUUUUUGUAUUCUCUGCGACAGUUUAAAAAUACACAAAGAAUGUUUCAUAAAUGGACAGACAUAGGAGGUCGCUCUGUAUAUGUACAGCAUGUCUAACUAAUGUUAAAUAUUCAUAAGUAGAUUAAUGUAACUCUGCUUCAUAUUUUCCUGCCAUGUGAUCACCUCUGUAAUCAACUAUGGAUUGAAAUGCUGCUAAUUUGUUAGAAAUGUACUUUCUUCUACCCUUUAAGUCAAAGCCUACAUAUUAAGCUGCUCAGGAUUAAUUGAGAGCCCAGAUUUUUUUUGAUUUGUUUUGUUUUUUAAACAGCUUAAACUUUGUGUUUGUCUUUAACGAAAGGUUGCAACUGUGACUAAAAUGAAAUAGAGUACUACUGUGUUUUAGUUUGGUAGCCUACUAAUAACUAAAGCUAAUGAGAAAAUCAUUUUUCAAGUUUUAGUAGAUGGCUCUCAUCGUUGCUUUCAAGUAUAAAUAGUUAUAACGAAGCUUUUGAGCAAGUAAAUUGCAAGUACAGUUUCUUUUAGUUGGGGUGCAUGCAGAAUGCCUUGAUUAAACCCUUUGUUUAUGUGUACAAUAGGGCUUUAUCUAAACGCCAAAACCUAGAUCCAUUCUGAAGGUGUGCACUCCUUUUUAUUCGCAAAAUCCUGGUAUAUCCUUGCUUGCAGUAGGAUUUUUUGGUUCAAAUAAAGAUAAUA